CUGAUACAAGAAAUCAAAUUGUCAAUUGAGAAAUUGGUGAAUGAUAAACUGAUGGCGGCUGAGCAUUGCUAUAAAAAUUGCAAAACUACACAACAGUUGCGCAAAAUGCACAAACGAGAUGCAAUCAAAGCAAAGCAGUCAACAUUUAAGGAUCUGAAGAUUAUAACCGUUAUAACGGAUUCCGAUGUGAUGAGCAUUUAUAAGGAUGUCUCCAAACUUUGUGCUAUCGAGAAGUAUUUGCACAUGCUAUAUCGACCCUUUGUGUGCCACUUGAGAAUUGGUUGCUCGCUGGAUCUGAAGCAAUUAAGUAAACAUCUCUGGAAUACGCGCUACGAGCCCCAAAUAUCCUCAGCACUCAUUGUGCGCCUCUCGAAGCCCGCGUGCAGCCUAAAGGUAUACAAUAGUGGUUAUGUCUCGUGUCAGGGAUAUAAUUAUGGUGGUGCCGCUGCCGGGGUCCAACAUUUUAUGGCUAUCAUCGAGAAUUUGGGCUAUUUACCGUUGCUGCAACAGCCCAUCCAUAAUGUGGUAAAUGCCACAUUUUCUAUGCCAUUUGCAAUUGAUCUGAAUGGGAUCUAUGUGGCACAUCGUAUCAAUUGUUUUUAUAAUCCGGAAUCGCUUCCAUAUCUCGUGUAUGAGUUCUAUGAACAUUGCAGCAAAGUGGCCAUAUUUCCUAUGGGUUAUGUUUACGUUUUGUUGUCCACGCAGCCGAGUCACACCCGGAAGGUAAUUUCACUCAUCUUGCCCGUACUCUAUCGCCAUAGAGUCGCCUACGGGGACACUAAGUUGCAUCGGUCAAAUGGGGAAAUGCAGCUGAGCAUUGGUGACAUCAAUUUCCAAUUGCUGUGGGAAAAUAAUUUUCAGUUGUCAUACCAAUGUACACCAUAAUAUUUUAAAUGAGCAGCAGGCAACUAUGCCAAACUUUAGUUUUCCAACUUUUGUGUAGUGCAGUGUAGGUUUGUGUGAGCAAAUCCGAUAGACAAACAUACACACACAAACAUAUAUCAACUUUUCGCUUGGGAUAUUUAAAUGACAAGUGCCGCUAUGCAAACACACACUCGCACAUUACUUAAAUAUGUACAUAGCUAAUUCCAUUUAAAAAUAAAGCGACAAAAUUAUAUAACCAAAUAAAUAAAAAAAA